AUGGAAAAGAAUGCUUUAAAAGACUUUAAAAUACCAAACCCAGCGUAUUGCGCGGAUAUGUUUAAACAGGCCUUCGACCAACAUCUUAUAAUGCCCUGGUGGUUUUAUUAUUGCGAGGACUUGAGAGCGAAGACAGAAAGGAAUCAGAAUACGCACCGACCGUGGCCUUUACCACUGGCAUUAAGAUGCAAUUUGCAUCUACAAGAUUGGUCAAAAUAUUUGACAUACGAUGAAAUAUACAAUAGCACAAACUAUGCGCAAAUACCUGAGACACCUUACAGCAUACAGCCAUCACAUAGUCAUAGUAACAAUAGAUAUAAUGAUAGAGAUCAAACCAAAGUUAAUAUACAUAGUUUAAAAGCUAACGACAACUCUAGAAACAAUCAAUUACUAGUAGGAUUUUCACACGACCCUUACAGAUACUCAGUACCAGAGGGUGAUUACAUUAAAGGUGUUAGGAAUAUAGACCCUAAGGUGUAUACAAAUAAAAAUGAAAAUCGCGGCAAACGGGGAGUACUCCACUUGUACAAUAUGAUAUUCUGCGCAACAGGCUGCGAGCCGCUUGCCUACAAGGGCUACGGUUGCUAUUGCGGCUUCCUGGGCUCAGGUCGACCUACUGAUGGGAUUGAUAAUUGCUGUCGACUCCAUGACGAGUGUUACGAGAAUAUCUACUGUCCAUUCUACACUGUAUACUUCCAGCCUUACUAUUGGAAGUGUUAUCACAAUCAACCGCUCUGUGCACUAGAGAAUUACCAGACACGGCAUAAUAUUAUUAACGGCUGUGCUGGGAGACUCUGUGAAUGUGACAGGAAGUUUGCGAUGUGUGUCAAAAGAUACUCUUGUCCUCGAGGGCGGGCACUUUGUCACUCUUCUCCACUACGAUUAUUACAAAAUUUACUCAUGUUUCGAUAGGGCCAUAUUAAAUAGUUAUUAUUACCACUCAUCAUCAUCAGCUCACUAUACGUCCCCACCAAGGGGCUCGGUGCCUACCCUUAGUUAAGCUUAAUACCACUAAUUUGUAAUAAAUAGAAUUAAUUUUUAGUGUUAUAUUGUAAAUACAAAUGUCUAACAUAUUUUUAGUGUAAAUAAAAGUGAUUGCUAAUUUUU